AUGACCAGCAGCUCAUCGUCAGCAAGGACCAAUUUACCUUCCUCCUCAACCCCUUCUUCUCCUUCCAUUGCACCAACCGCAGGAGGGGGUGGGGGCACAACAAUAGCACUGAAACAACGUAGAGGAUCCCUUUUACGCGGCGACAUUACGACUUCACCAUCGACCACCAUACGCAAUGGGAAAUCACGAGGAGGUGGUGCACUAUCAGAUGAUUUGGUUCGCAACCUUGGCUUGGAUUAUGAUGAAGUCCAGAAACGAACGCUGAAACGAUGGGUGAAUGCUAAGCUUUCGAUGGCUGAAGACGCUGACCAUGUGGAUCGUAUUGAAAAGGAUCUUAAGGAUGGCAAACGACUCCUCAAGUUGUUAUCGGUUGUGUCGGGUCAAUCAGCUCCCAAGCCAGAACGCAUGAAUAUGAGGAUUCACCAGCUAUCAAAUGUCGCACAGGCCCUGGCAUUCUUACAAAAGCAGAUCCAUCCCGACAUUUUGCCCGACAUUGGCAACGAGGCUAUCGUCAAUGGAGAUGUGAAAAAGACAUUGGCUCUCAUCUUUUUCAUUAUGCUCAAGUUUCAAGUGCAGCUCAUUAUCAAUGAUCAUGGGGAUGAUUAUAUGACAUCAUUAGCACAACUAUCAGAACGCCAUGACAACGACGAUAUCCCUCCUUCAUCCAUCAUCGAUCUUGAACAAUCACCAUCCACACCACGACCCACUCCAGCCAGCAGCAACAAUCGACGACAUAAUACGACAAUUGCCGAUAAAGCAACAUCAUCGACAACAGCAAGCAGUGAAGCUAAAUUGGCAUUGCUGUAUUGGGUGCGUAUCCAAUUGGAAGACUACAUUGCAGCCAACAUUGUUCCACCCAUUCAAGACUUUUCUCGUUCAUGGCGUACAGGGCUUGCUUUUUGCCUUUUACUUCAUCGACAUGAUCCAUCCUUGAUUCCUGAUCUUCUCACGCAUCACAUUCAUUCGGAUAUGUCUGAAAAACGCACAUGGCAUACACUGCUCACUAUGGCAUUCGAUCUUGCUGAAUCCCACCUUUCUGUACCACGCUAUCUCGAGCCACAAGAUUUGACAGAUGUUGAUUAUCCACAUGAAUCAAGCGUUAUGAUGUAUGUCAGUGAAUACUAUAAGGUCAUGUCGCAAGUCCAACGACAAGAUACCGAGGAAUCAAGGAAAUCAAAGACAUCUCGACGGCGUGCGUCUAUUGCUGAAGCCAUGGGUGAUCCUGUUACUAUACCCGAUGAAAUACAACAACAGCCAAAGACACCAUCACCAAUACCACUGCCUGAUAUCGUUGAAGAACCUGAUGCAUUGAUGCCACCACCAGUGGUUGAGGAGAAACCAGCAUUUGCGAAUACGAGUCCACCCACCACCACCACCACAUCGCGUACGCCUGAUGAAGCACCUAUACCCAAACCCAUGCCAUCAUCGCGACGUCAUCAUCCUCAUCGCCAUCAACGUGAAUCCAGUCUUCCUGAUAGCGACAAGGCAAGAAUUCGUGCUGACCUCAAUAGCCGUUUAAUGAUGCAACUCACGGGCCAUUUACCACGUGGCAUUCACCCUGUAUUGGACGACUUGCUCAACAUUCAUCAAGAUGUUAUUUCCUUUAUCAACACCAACACACGCAGCAUCGACGCUAUUCCUGAAGUGUUGAUACAAUCUACUGAAGCCAAUGAAUACGCUGAUAAGAUGAUGGUCAUUGAGGAGCAAAUUGCAACGAAGCGUAAACAGCUGGAUGCUGCAGGAAGAGCACGUGAUACGCUCACAUCACCACCCGAGAUGGCAGAUGAUACGCUGAUCCGAUUGACUGAUUUGCAAAGAUCACAAGUGGCCAAAUUGUAUGAGGCAUUAUGUGACGAAUGGGAAGCAUUCCAAGAACUCGUUCAAAGGACGCGGAUGGAUUUGGUACAAUUGGCAGCGGAUUUGAAGCAAGUGGAAGAUGGCGUGGGUGUAUACAAGCAACAAGCCCAAAUGGUGAAGGAAAAGAUAGCAGCGUUGCAGCUCAUGUUGACACAGGUGGCACCUCGAGACGAUCAACAACGUAUUAUUCACCCCCUUGAUGGCAAUGAUGCGACAUGUGCAGUGUACGAAAAGGCCGUUUCGGAUGCAUCAAUGGCAAUGGAGGCAUUUGAUAGCAAUGAAUGGAAAAAGUAUCAGCGUUUUGUACGUGAUCUUGUGCCAGCCAUCCGACAAGCUGUGGAUACGCACCAUGGCAGUAUGCAUGCGAAGCGUGAUUCAUUAAAUGCGAGCUACAAGCAAACCAAGCAACGCUACAGCAUGUUCAAGCGAGGCAUGGUUUUUGGAUCACAGACGACUCAAUUGGACGAGGAACUUGAAGGAAUUCAAGCCAUCAUGGAUAGCCAACAACAUAAGCCAACAACAGAUGAAGCUAUUAUGGAUUUGGAGAGUCGUGUGGAUGCGGUCAAGAACAAGAUCAUUGGACUACGUGAAGAAUACUAUGACCUGUUUUCUGAUCAGCAAGAUCAAGAGGAUAAGCAUGGAUUUGAGCAAAGACUGGAUCAACUUGAGACGCGAUAUCGUCGAGUAGCAGAUUGGGUGGAUCAAGUGCGUAUAUGGUUUAUCCAAGCGGGACGUAUACGUGGUUGGAUUGAAGCCCGAAUUGUCAUGCUGAAUGAGAGAAACGCUGCUACAGAGGGGAUCGAUCCACUAGGACCUGAUUUUGAAGCACCUGGGAAUGCAAAGGAUAUCCAGCUUGAACAUGAACAAUUGCGACGUGACAUUGAGCGUUUUGAGGCAGAUGAUAUGACACGAUUACGCAACCAUGUCAAGAAAUUGACAACCAUCACCAACAAUGACAACGACACACGUGAUAAGCUUAGUCCAGCAGAUGCAUCCACCAUUGAAAUCACACUUGAGACGCUCAACAUGCUCCACCAAUUGACACAGCUACUCAACAAACGAUCCAUCUUUGUGGAUACAAUGAUGUUGCGGAUACGAUGGGAAGAGUUGUUUGCAUCAGCGAGUGCGUGGAUAGAUACUACUCAUCAUGAAACGACCCAAUUUAUGCAUGGGGAUGCUCGAUGGAAGAAGAAGACAUGCGACAACAACAACAAUGACAAGCAACCAAAAGCUGAACAUGUGAUCCAAACGCUGGUAGACUUGGAGAACCGGAUCUCGGCAUUUGAUCAAGGAGCCUACGCACAAGUAUUGGAUGCGUAUCAGGAAAUGGAGGAUUUAUACGAUGCUGCUGCCACACUACCGGAGCAUUUGGAGAAUCGGCAAUCUGCUUUUGAGAAAUCCUUUGCAGAUUUGAUGCAACGCCGUGCAUUUUGUCGCAAGGUUGUUGAGCAGUUUCUUGCUUUGACAGAUGUCAUUGCCCAAUUUGAUCAUCUUGUGCAUCAAGGAAACAUGCUAUGCAAGUCUAUGCAAGAAGAGCAAUCAAGUGAUGAUGAUGUCUUCGAUGACCAAGUACAAGCAUUCAAGGAGAGAUCAGCCUAUUUGGUGUCGGAGGUCGCUGUAACCAGCAUACCCUAUCCUUAUCAAGUACCUGGUUCGACUGCGUACACAAAAGACGACGAAUUGAGCAACCGAAUGAGCAAUGAGAAGAUUCAAAGUGUGAUUGAGGAAUAUGGGAUGCAGUUAGCUGCAUUGGCGGAACAACUAGAAGAUUUAUUGGCAAGUCAACGACAACAUCUUUCGCUUCAAGAACGAGCCAAGCUUUUAUAUGAUGAUAUGGUGCGUAUGACCAUUUGGCUUCAGGAUCGAACCUAUCAUCUUCAGCAGUCGUCAUCAUCCUCCAUGAGCUUGUUAGUAGAGGUGGAAGAAGAUGAUGAUCAAAGCAGCAGCGGGAUGGAUACUGAGCAAGUGUCACGGUUGGAGGAUGAGUGCCGUGCCCUGGAAGCAUGGCUACAACAAAAUGAAUACGGCCGAUUGAUUGAACGAGUGCGAGCUAUUGAAGAGGAAAUUGAUUACACCAACACGAGUACCAUCGACCGCAGUCUGCUCAUCCAUACCGAAGAGGAGCUUAAAGAACAACAUGAGCGACUCCAAUCUGCUAUCAAACAACACAAGAAGCAGUUGGCAUUUUUCAAGGCCCACAUCGAAUGGCAAAGGGAUUGGGAGCAUGCUAAUCAAAUUACCAUGACGACGGCACACGACUUGUGGAGAUUCAUUGUCGAUCAUGCCAUGUUUGAUCCUGUAAGGGUGUCGUUUGCUUCAGAUGAUGAUGAGAACAAGUUGCAUGCCGCAUUGAGCGGAUUCAAGGAAAAGAUCUCAUCCGACAUUCUCCAACACGUCCAAGCUCGCUUUGACACUAUGAUGACCCAUGGGCAGCAGGGAUUAAGUGGAAACGUAUCAACAAAGCUUAAAGCACAACACAACCAGCUCAACGACAAACAUAUGGGCAUUGUAUCCUUGUUGGAGUAUGCAUCAAAAGCGAUUGAUCAACGUAUCAGCAUUGGCCAUGUAUUUGGGAAUCAGCAGCGCCAAAUUGAAAAAGGCCACUUGAUCCUGGAGCAAUCAGAAGAAGAGGGAUUUGGUGAUGGUGAUGACAUUGAGGAACAAGUGCAAACGUUCAAAGAUGAGGUGGAUGCCAUCGUGGAUGCCAUGACGACUAUUGAAAACACCAAAUUUUCACAACCCAAUAUCAACUUUGGUGAACAGCUGCAGUGGGAAUUUGACACGAUCGAUCCUAUCGAAUACCAUGCACGGACUCAAUGUCAUAUCCAAACAUUCAUGCAGGAACGACAAAAUGAACUCCGAUUGCUCGAAAAGAAGGUUAUUCAGCUCCUCGAUGAUCAUCGUCAUGCUGAGAAGGUUCGACAAAAGAUGCAACAAUUCAACAAUGACAUCCUUCAGUUGAAUGCAUGGAUUGAGCAACGUAUGCAUCAUGUGAAAGAUCAACACAUGGAUCCUCUUGCCGACAUAUUAGACACGGUGGUGAUCAAGAGCAAAAUGGAAGAUGUCAAUAAGCUCUUGGGCGAGAUGACACAAAUUGAAAAUGAAAAAGUCCGUCCUUUGCAAUCGGCCAUCGCUCAGCUAUUGAAAGAACGAGAUGACGAUGCUAUGGAAACAUUAUGUCGACACAUGGACAAUGCUUUAUAUCAUUUGAGUUAUCUCAAGAACGCAGCCAGCAGUCAAUUGGCUACAUUGGAUGCGAUGUCGAAGCGAGCUACAUGGGAACAGCAGUAUGCAUCUACAUCAACACGCCUCAAGGCUUUGGAUGACCAAGUGCGAUAUUUGAGCAAGCAGCACGAGAGUAGCAACAUUGUUGAUCUUGAUACCCGGCAGCAAUCUCUCGAUCAAUUAAAGCAAUCCAAGGAUGAGUUGCUUGAAAACGAUAUCCAGCCGACACAAAGAGCCUAUGCGGAUUUCAAAGAUGCCUUGGAUCAAUGCAGCGGAGGAGGUAUUGCAAUGCCGAUCCAGAUUGAAGUUUGCCUUGAUUCUCUUGAUCGCACGAUGAAAAAGGUGGACAAUGCGUUUGAUAAUAUGCAGCAACGACUUGAUUUUGCUCGGAAAUGUCAAACUCUGGAGAAUGAUAUUGACCAGGCACUGGCAUCCUUAACUCAACAACACACACACUUGCAAGAUUUUAUCCAACACAAAGCUCGAUGGCACACCAAUGAUAAACACGAUGUCAACUAUGGACAAUUACAAAAGGAGGGAGAGGAUUUUACAUCAUGGUUUGAAUCAUUCCAGCAGCAUACCAUUGACUCUCUUCAACACCAAUGCCACACUCUCGACACUCCAAUGACGACUUUACCUGAUACAUUGAGAAUGAAAUUGCUGCAGCUUGAAGAGAAGGCAUUGAUAUUCAAUCACCACGCGCAAUUUGCCAAAGACAUUAUCAACCAAGCCGAUACAGUGGAUAAGAUCUUGCAACGUGCAAAUGAAUUGGAGAGAAAAGCCACGUCGAUCCAGGAUGAGCUCCUUGGUGACAAUGCGUCUUCACUAGGUGCAAAGGAACAUGUUCAACGUUUUCAGCAGCAGACGUAUGAGAUCCGUCAGCAAGUGAGCAGUGAUGUUCCAUAUCCAAAACGACAACAGCACCAGCAGGAAGAAGAUGAUGACUUUGUCGAUAUCCAGAUCCAAGACGAGUCGAUGAAUGCUGAAAUCAAGGAUAUGCUAGCAGCCAAAUGUUCAUUGUUAGAUGAUCUUGCAGUUGGCCUUGAGCAACAGCUAUCAUGUAAAGAGCGCAUGUCUCGAUGCAAGGUGCUUCUUGAAGGUUGUAAACAUCAUGCGACUUCGGUGCAGGAUUGGAUCAAAGAGAAAGGAAAAUCUGUUGAGGAACAGCGUGAUAUUUUGCUGAAACGCCCGAAUCCAGUGCCAUUGAUUCAACUUCAACAAGCGAUCAGCACCAUGAGUGGUCUUGAGAGAGUCAUGAAUGCCAAAGAUAAUGCGAUGAUGGUGCUUGAUUCCCAAUUUGAAGCAUGUCUCACAGCUUUUGAUGCGAUGCCGGAUGAUGACCAGCAACAGUAUCAAUCUUUGGCUGAUGAAUUUGACCUCGUGUCAAGAACGUACGAGCAUACCCAGAACGCAUGGUCAGCAUUGCACGAAGACUUGAUCACGACAAUUGCUGCAUUGACAUCCAUCUUGGCUCCGACCAUGGUCCAUCAUCGUGCCGAGAAACUUGUACAACAGCUCACACAGCUUGAGGAAACAAUUGAUAGUUACCAGCGGCAACAUGAUGAUGAGCUUACCGAUGAUCAGAUUGCACAAUGGCAAAAGCAAGUGGACAAGCUAGAUACGAAUGGAUAUCAGAAACUCUUGCAGGAAUUGGAAAGUGCAUCUACAAGUACUAGCAGUGCAAAGGAGGUACCAUUGAAUGCUGCCAAGACGCAAUUGGAUGGAGCAAGCGAUAUUAUCCUUGGGAUUCGAUCUUUGCUGACACAAUUAUACGACGCUGUGAAUCUCAGCAAGUUGCACAAGACCUAUGCUGAAAAUGCAAAUGUUGUAUCCUCUUUGAUGACUCGUGCGCAAGAAUUACUCGAUAGUAUUUGCGAUCAAUUCAGUGUCAUGACAGCAGACAACCAUCAUGUUCAACGACAAUCACUCUUGGCUGCUCAUCGUGAUGCACAACAACAAUGUAACGAGUGCAAAGAUGCAUUUGACGACCUAUGCGGCUAUUUCGAAUUUGCAACAAAGCAACAAUCCGAUGAGGAUGGGGGAAUGGACGGCAUACACCGCCAAAUUGAGAAUCAAUGGAAUGGCGUUCAAGAAGGACAAGAGCGACUUGCAUUGCUGUUGAAUCGUUCGGAUCGAUGGGUGGAAAGAUACGAUGCGCUUGAAAAGUUACAACGUAGUUUAUCCACUGUGCAGCGCGAUUUGAGUGGAGGAGGAAGUCGAUUCAAAAAGCACACAUCCACAUCCACCUUGUACAACAGCAGCACCAGCUCGCGUAGUAGCAGUAAUGAUGAAGCCAACAUCCUUGAUAACCUUGGUAAACGCUUGACAGCAAUUGAGCAAGAAUUGGAUCGGGUUUUGAGAUAUGCUCAGCAACGAGAUGCCGACGACAUGAAAAACAGCAAAGCAUUUUCAACGCAUUGCGAGAAAAUGAAGGAAGAUUUGGAAAAAUGCCGAUCAACAUUAGCAAAACGACAACGUGAUAUGGAAGAGGCACGUCUUUUGGGUCUUUAUUCGGAUGAGAUCAAGCAACAAUGUCGACGAUGUGAAGAGCAAAUCCAAAUCCUAAAGCAACAAACGAAUGCCAACCCUGGUAUUGCCGAUAAGAAGCCAUCCACCAUGAGGAACAUUAUGAAGUCAUAUGGUGAAACUCUCACGCGCGCAAAACAAGUCCAUCGUCGAUGCAAAGAGAGUAUUCAAAAAGGAGGUGUUAUUGCAGAGCGAUCACGUACCUUGGUUGAUACCUAUCGAUUCAGUCAGCUUGAAGUGGAACGACUCAAACGACCCUUAGAAAAGAACAUCAGCCAGCUACAACAACGCAUUCAUGAUGAAGACGAAUAUUUAAACGUACUCAAAUCGGUGUGCAAGUGCGUUGAAGACGAGAUUGAAUUGAUGACACGCUUGAAUGAGUACAAGGCAACAAUAGCGCGAUAUUCACGUAGCGCACGCAUGACAUGGGCACGUCGACCCUCAUCUUCUCUCUUACCUUCUCCCGAUUUGCCUGAAUUUGAUCGUAGAUUUGAAGCGAUGGGAUCUUUGGUGGCCUCUUUUAUGUUGAGUGGUAAUGAGAUCAAAGGCCAUUUGCAAGGAGGACGCCUCUCUGAUAGCCCACGUGCUGAUGCUGUUACACAAUCGAUCGAUCGACAUCAAGAAGCUGUGCAACGAGAAUGGUCAGCAGUCAAAAUGUCAGCACACAACACACGUGGCAAACUAGAAGAGUUAUACAUGCGACAACAAGCAAGCACCAAAUUGAAGGAAACCAUGCGACAUGCGAAUGAUCUACGUCAGCGUGUUCAAUCUCUCCAUUUGACUGGCAGCAAGAGUAUAUCGAUGGAAAAGCAAGAACUAAGAUCCAUUCAAGAUGAUAUGCAAACGGGUACCUUGGCCAAGAAGAUACGUGAGGUGGAUGCUUUACUUUCACGUAAUAUGGUUUCAUCGGAUCAGCAAAUGAAACGACAACGACAAGAACUUCACUCGUUGGUGACCGAGUUGACAAAGUUGGUGCAUGAACGACAAGCACAAGCUGAAGUGGAAGGCAACAUUACGGUGUUUAUGGGCAUUGUGGAUCGCAUGGAUGAGCAAAUUAUCCAGUUAUCAAGAUUGAUAGAGAGCUGUGCACCCCAUCAUGCUCGUGUCACUGAUCAGCGUUUCAACAAGGCGGAUUUACAAGGAUUGCUUCGUCGACUGGUUCAUGGUUAUAAGCAGCUUGCACCACAAAUAGCUGAUUCGGUCACAGCAGCCAAAGCUGAAGCGAGGAAACAAUUCAUUGACCAAGAGCAACGUGUAUCGGAUCGAUUGGAAAAGACAUUGAAACAUUGGACAAGAGCACAAUCCGAAGCAGCUUCCAGAGAAAAGGAACUACAAGCAUGUAUUAAUCAAUUGGGUCACGAGUUCUUCACCAAGCUUGCCAUGACCAAAAGUACUUCCAACAAAAGUGCCAAACCUCCCAUUGCACCUCGAUAUGGUGGUGGUUUCCGUUCAUCGACCUUGUCAGUGGAUAAUCGUCAACACAAAAGAACAACACCCACGCAUUCAACAUCACGCCAUCGUAAUAGCAAAGGGUCUCCGCCAAAGUAUGUUGUAUCGGAUCCUAAGAACGAAUUGGAUGUGCAAUUGGGAAAGAUCGUCAAUGACAGUCCUUAUCGCAUGAAAAUCAAAAUGGUGCCAGGUGAAGUUGGAAAAUAUUGGUUUGGUGAAGAUCAACCACGUUUGGUGUAUUGUCGAAUCCUGCCAAGCAAAAUGGUCAUGGUGCGAGUAGGCGGUGGAUGGGAAGAAUUAUCGAGUUUCCUCAAGAGUCAUGGGAAUUUGCAGCCUAUUCAUACACGCUCUACUGCCAGUGAUCGAUCCAAUGUAUCGGUGGAUGAAGGAGGAGGCUCUGAAAGUGGAUCACUCACAUCGUCAACCGCUCCAGUGACUAUUCAAGGAGGAGGAGGAAGUAACAAUACAUCGUCAUCAUCAUCAUCGCAUCAUGGUGGUAGCCAUAGCACAGGGUUUGUGGAAGGGGACAAGUACAUCCAAUUCGAUGACGAAGGAAACCAUAUCGCCGUGAAAAUGUCCAAGGCACAAGAUACUGCACGUAUUCCUUUAUCCAACAUUAGAAGAUUUGCAUGA